UAACACUGUGCAAUCAGACCAAAAUGAUGAAGAAGGCCAUGGUGAUGCUAGAGAAUGACAAGCAAGUAAGACAAGAGGAACGUGAAAGAACCCUGACGGAGAGAGUUCCAGCACUCCAGCUGUCUGGAUUGUCUACACAGGAACUGCAGAAUCUUUGCAAAGAGCUACACCAGAAGAUCGACGCAGUUGAUGAGGAUCGUUAUGACAUUGCUUUAAAAGUGGGGAAAAAUGACAUAGAGUUGCGGGACCUGUCUCAGAAGAUCUACGAGUUGAAGGGCAAAAUGAAGAGACCAAACUUGAAGAGGGUUAGGGUGUCUGCGGACGCCAUGUUGGGAGCGCUGCUGGGUGCCAAAGUUAAAGAGUCUGUGGACUUCAAAGCCAACCUCAAGACUGUGAAGAAAGAGGAGGAGAAAAAAGAAGAAGUGACAGACUGGCGUAAGAACGUGGAUGCCAUGUCGGGUAUGGAGGGUAGAAUGAAGCUGUUUAACGCUGGCCAGUAGACGUCGGGUUUCUAUGUGAAGACAUUUGACUUUCACUUGAAUGGUCGAUUGACGAUCACUAACAUUUUGGAAAACUUUUAUUCAUCUGGUAAAAUGUGAAGGACAACAGCAAAUCCAUAAUCGGUGUGAUAUUUUCCAGUAGAAAUACUGUAUUUGAAAAAAAAUCUAAGUGGAAUAUUUGAAACUUGUGUGUAGUUUUCUUUUCCUUCUAACCGUCAGCAAUAGCCGCGAGCACAAAAUUUCAUGUGAAGUAUAAACAUGCACUUUAUGCAAUAUUUGA